GGAUUUGGAUUUGGAGGCCAGCAGACUGCAUACGGCCCCGACUAUCGCUACAGCAGCCAUCCCUUUCCCCCACCUGCAUACCCACCCGCAUUCCGCCCGCCCCGUGGAGGUGGUGGCAGCGGAUUCGGGCGUCCCCAGUUCGGCUAUGGCAGCGGUGGUUUCGGCAGGGGCCGGUCUGACAUCAAUGUCUUCAUACCACAGGAGCCCGGCGACCCGCGCAUCGGCUAUGAUGAGGCGCGGGAAGCUGUCAGGCGGCACCUAGAGGAGAAGAAGAAGGCCGAGCAGCAGGCGGCGCUAGCGCCCUUCAAGGCCCAGCUGGACGAGCUCACACAGAUGGUGCAGCAGCAGAACCGCAACGCCAACCAGCCACCAUCGCACGCCGCCCCAUCCACGUCCAGCGGCUACGUCGGUGCGAGGGCAGCGGCACCGGCCGGCGCAGUGGGCAGGGAAGAGUUCGAGGCCCUCAUCGCUUCCCAGGAGAGGCUGAUGGCGGAGCUGCAGAGGGAGAGAGCAUCCCGCCAGCCUGCACCCUCUUCCUAUCGCCCUUCCCGCCACCCCUCACCCUCUCCCCGCAUCGCACCCGGACUGUUUGAGGACCUCUCGUCAGACCAGGACGGCGACCAGCCGAUGGAGUCCCCACGCAAGCGCAAGGCGGCAGAUGGGGCAGCAGCAGCGCUCUUUGCCGAUCUGGAUGCUGCCGAUGACGAUCCGCUGAUCGAGACCAUGGUCAAGACAGUGGAGGAGGCACUCCGAUUCAAGGUGCCCGUCAACGAGCUCCCCAACGUGCGCGACGUGGAGGACCUGGCGGCACAGGCCCUCAAGGCACGGACGUGGAGCAAGGACGAGAAGGAGUACGUGCUGAGGACGUGCGGGCUCCCCAGGAAGAGCAAAUGGGGCAAGCCGACGAUGAAGGAAAUCGUCAAAUGGACCCUGCAUCAGGUUGGUGUGGGGUCCAACUGACUAUCUAUGCAUACGAGUGGCUGGAAUGAGGGGGUGAAUGCGCGUGAGCUGCUAGAGAGGGCUGCAGAGAGAUGCAAAGAGAGAUCCUGUACGAGUGCGCGUCGUGAUGAGAGUGACGUGGGGAUGUUACGAGACUGGCUGUUUGCAUCUCUGUCGUGUGUUGCGGCGCAUGAGUCGAGCCAUAUUGUCCGUAUCAUUUCUCGCUUCCUGCCGCCGUCUGUACAAGCUGCAUUGCUUCGUGGUGGGCAGGAAGGGCCUGUUAGCGAGUGGAGU